AUGGAUGUGCCUGCGGCUCCAGCCAUGGCAUUUAAAGCCUACAAGUACAAAGAGGUUCUUGUUAGGGACUACUUGCUGGCAGACUCGUAUGCUCCAUACGCUGCUGUGCUUGGGGGGAUCCUGAUGUGCAAAUUGGCCUACGAUUUCACGCGCAUUAUCAGUUCAUUUAACUUCAAAGGUUAUGCUUCUCUUAACGAUAUGCAGAAGAUCGAAUGGAACAACAGGGGCAUGUCCACUGUCCAUGCAAUAUUCAUUACAGUUAUGUCAGUAUACCUAGUGUUCUUCUCGGGCAUGUUUUCUGACCAGCUGGAUGGACCAGUAACAGUUAGAAGUUCAAGCCUCUCCAGUUUUACAUUAGGGGUCUCUAUUGGGUAUUUCAUUACAGACAUUGCCAUGAUAUAUUGGCUUUACCCUGCCCUUGGUGGAAUGGAGUAUGUUAUCCACCACAUGCUUUCACUUAUGUCUACAAUGUACGCUAUGCUUUCUGGGGAAGCACAUGUAUACAUAUACAUGGGUCUCAUCACUGAGACUACUACACCAGGAAUCAAUCUAAGAUGGUUCCUUGAUGUUGCUGGAAUGAAGAACUCCAAAGCUUACCUUGUUAACGGAGUUGCAAUGGUUGUUACUUGGCUGGUUGCAAGGAUAAUUCUGUUCAUGUACUUGUUCUAUCACAUGUUUGUACAUUAUGAUCAGAUUAAGAAGAUGAACACCUUCGGCUAUUUUCUGGUACUUAUUGCGCCUUGCAUAAUCUUCGUGAUGAAUGUGCUUUGGUUCUCCAAGAUCCUAAAAGGUCUCAAGAAGACGAUGGCCAAGAGGCAUGCUGAGUAG